GACAGACAGACAGACAGACAGGGUGACUGAGACUGAACUGUGAUGAGUUUGAACAUCAGAAGCAUCAGCUGUUGAUACAGCCGGUGUAUGUGUGUGUGAGAGAGAGAGAGAGAACGAGAGAGAGAGAGAUAAAGGAAGAAACAGAGAGAGACGCUGAAAGGAUACAACUAUGCUGUGCUGUAUCAGAAGAACUAAACCGGUUGAGAAGAAUGAAGAAGCCGACCAGGAGAUCAAACAGGAUGGAACUAAACCCGAGGAGAACGCCCACAAGGCCGCCACCAAGAUCCAGGCCAGCUUCCGCGGACACAUCACCCGGAAAAAAAUGAAAGAUGGCGAGAAAGAGGAAAACGGCGCCGUUCCAGAAGAAUCCGCCGAGACCACGGAAGGAGAGGAGGAGAAAGAGCGAAUCUCUCCAUCUGAGGAGAAGCCGGCGGAGGUUUCCACGGAAACAGAGGAAGAGAACAAACCGGUCAAGAGUCCCAACUCGCCUGCUGCCGAAGCCCCGCCCACUGCUGACCACGCCCCCUCAGGCACGCCCACUAAAGAGGAAGUGCAGGUGCAGCCGCAGGAAGUGGAAAAGCCUAAAGAAGCCGAGAAACCCGCAGAAGAACCCGCCAUAAAUGCACAGAAUGAGGAAGAGGAGGAAGCCAAACAAGCCGACGUGCCUGACGACGCUGAGAGCCACGAAACAGACCAAAUAGACAAAAGAGAGGAUGUCGACGACUCCAAACCAGUAGAGGAGGCCAUUUCAGAUGCCGGCAAAGAAGAGAACAUUUAAACGACCAGUCCAAUGUAAUAUGAGAAAAUCAUUCACAGGCUGCUCUUGCUUUUGGUGCUGAAGACGGUCUGUUUUAUGUUUGUCUAGUUUUGGGUGUGGCAGUGAUUUUCUGACAUUUGGAGGGAGUUUUCUAAGGCAUCGUCUGUGUGACGCGUAUGAUCGCAGACAUCACCUUCUUCAAGAUCAGCUUCUCUGACCAAUUUCUCUAUAGUUCCACACACACACACACACACACACACACACACACACACACUUAGCUCUUUUCCUGUAGUUAGCCAGCGCUGCUCUUCAGAGGGAACGCUGCAGUCCGUAUCGAUCCAUUCACCAUUUUGUUGAGCUCACUGCAUGAGAACUCUUCCUCCAGACGAAAGCGUCCUCUCGCUCACCACACAUACUUGUGGCUUCUUUUCACGUCCUUGGUGUUAUGACAUUUUAAUUGCCGAUAUCGCUGCACUGAUGGUCAAAUAAUUGAGAAUAUUAAAUUAAAAGAAAAUGUCAGCCUUUCUGUUCAAGUGUGUGCAGUGUCAGGUUUGAAUUUAAGGAGUAAAAUGGUUUCAUGUCUGUUUUCGAAAUAAAGAAAUGUGCCAA